AUGCACAAAGUAACAAAAGCUAGAUAUGAAGAACUUAUUAAAGAAGCAAUUAAUAAAUGCCAAUUAGUAGAAAUUGACUUGUCCAAAAAAACAAAGACUAAGAAAGCUUUGAAAAAAUGGCAUUUAGUAGUAAAUAAAUUAAUUAAAAGGAUACAAUGCUUAUUAGAAGGUCAAAGAAGAAGAAAUGUAAAAAAUUUAAAUAAAAUAGUUAAAUUACUAGCAAAUUUAAAUAAAUUAUUAGAAAUUAAGUCAAAUGUUGCAUUUGUAUUAAGAAGUUGUAAAGUAACUUAUCAUAAGAAUAUAUGUGAAGAAUUACUUGCAGAUUUAAAUAAUUCAUUAGACAUUGAACUGAAUAAUGCAUUUAUAUUGAAUGAAUAUGAAGAAGAUAUAUCAGAUGAUAAUAAAUAUAAAAAAUUACUCAGAUUUAAAUAA